AUGUAUCGGGAAAGCGACGCAAUCGGAACAACUCAACUCCUGCCUAUCGCAGAGAUAAUUUGCCUCCUCCCCCGAGCACCGAGAUAUCACAACGCGGGAGUACUAGUACCUUCAAAGUACCUUGACAUUUUCCGUGCAAGCUGUCUUUCGACUACACAUCACCGGUAUGAUGAACCACGUGUAUACUAUCCACAAAAACCUUGGAGGCUCAAAUCGAUAACGGUGAUUCUAGAAAUGGACGAGAGGGUUUCCACAGCUCUCGGUUGUUUACAAGCAAUGGUUGAGUGGGUAGACACAUCAUUCCCAUUCAAUUAA